CCGAGCCGCGCGGGGGCGCUGCGGGCGCGGCCCGGGCGGAAGCGGCCGGCGCGCGGGUGUUGCCAUGGAGGAGCUGAGCGCGGCGCUGGCGGCGGGCGUGGGGCUGGCGGGGCCCUUCAGCCCGGCCGCGCCGCACCCCCGCCUGGCCGCGUACAAGCCCCGCGGCGGCCCCGGGCAGGUCGAGCGCCGGCAGCGCCUCCUCCGCAUCCAGAGAGAGAGGCGGCUGGACUACGUGAACCAUGCCAGGAGGCUGGCAGAGGACGACUGGGCAGGGAUGGAGAGCGAGGGCGAGGAGAAGGAUGGGGAAGAUGCGGAGGAAGAGGAGAUGGACGUGGAUGCUGGCAAAAAGUUGCCCAAGCGCUACGCCAAUCAGCUGAUGCUGUCAGAGUGGCUGGUGGAUGUACCCUCGGAUCUGGAGCAGGAGUGGGUUGUGGUGGUGUGUCCUGUGGGGAAAAGGGCACUCAUCGUGGCCUCCAGGGGCACAACAGCAGCUUACACCAAGAGUGGCUUCUGUGUCAACAGGUUCCCAUCCCUGCUGCCGGGGGGGAACCGGCACAACUCAGCCAGCGAGAAAGUGUACACCAUCCUGGACUGUAUCUACAAUGAGGCCCAGCGAACCUACUAUAUCCUCGAUGUGAUGUGCUGGAGAGGACACCCUGUUUAUGAUUGCCAGACUGACUUCAGAUUCUUCUGGCUGUCCUCAAAGAUCCAAGAGGAGAAAGGGCUGGGAGAGACAAGCAGGAUUAAUCCGUACAAAUUUGUGGGCCUGCAGAACUUCCCUUGCUCCUCGGACAGCCUGUGUGAGCUGCUGGCUACGGACUUCCCCUUUGAGGUUGACGGGCUGCUCUUCUAUCACAGGCAAACCCACUACACCCCCGGCAGCACCCCGCUGGUGGGCUGGCUCCGGCCCUACAUGGUCCCUGAAAUCCUGGGGCUCACCGUGCCCUCCACCGCGCUCACGGCCAAACCGAACUAUGCCGGGCGGCAGCUCCAGCAGAUCAUCGAGAGCAAAAGGAAUAGAAAGCUGGCGGUGGAAAAGGGCGACCCAAGCAGCGUGGUGGCCGCGAAGAACGGACAUUACGAGCUGGAACACUUGUCUACCCCUCAGCCAGAAAAGUCUCUAGAGGGCCAGGACGGAGCAGUGAGCCAAAUGGAGAGUUAAAAUGCUGGGACAGGCCAGCUGGGGAGGGAGCAGGGAAAAGGCUCCCUGCUUCUCACUGUCCCUCAUGCUCCUGAGAGGGGGCAAAGUAAUGAUGAUAGGAUAGCUUUGUUUCAAGGGCAUGACAGUGGAAUAUCUUGCCCCAAGGGCUGUUUUUUGUUGUUUGUUUGUUUGUUUGUUUUUGUUUUGGGGUUUUUUUAGGGUUGGGUUUUGUUGUUGUUUUUUUUUUUUUGCCAAGGCUUCUGUGAGUCCUUAACAGGAUUGUCUGGUUCUCUGCUAAGGCAGUCGUGCGUUGGGACACGCUGCAGGGAUACAGUUCAGCUUCUGACCCUGCUUCUCCUGAAGCCCUGGCAAAGCUCCAGCAUAGGAAUAGUGCUCGGACCUCUGAGGUGCAGCUGCUGCUCACGACCCCAAGUAGCAGCCCCACCUUCCUGACCCCAGAAAUGGGGGCUUCUCGGCCUUUGAUCCAGCUGUUUUCUGAGGCCUUCGCAAUGAAAGUUUUGGGGUCAGUCUGCUUCUUACUAGCAAAAAGUUGGCAGUGAGCUUCUGUAAAUCCAAAGGGUGGACUUUCCACACCCACAUGUUCUUAGGACAAUCUAAAUUUUCCUUGCAUCGCAGCAGGACCUGCCUUGGAGCAGGGCUUUGUGCACAGUGAGCGCAGCAGAAGCCUCUCUCUCCUCAAGGCUUUUCUCAGUGGGGGGAGGAAGGAAUGGCUUCGCUCUGAAAAACACUACCAUUGAUCGUGCCAAAUAAAAGGUUUCUCAGAAAGACAAA